AUAAUGUCUAAAGAAUAAUAUUGAAUUAUCUAAAUUGCAUCGGGGGAAAUGAUCUGCUAAAAUGACAAAUAGAUAACUACAGACUACCAUAAGUUGACUUCUGCCAUCACCUCCCGAGACUAUUUUAGUGGCAUUAAACAGGACAGGGUGAAUUGUGUGCGGAUUUUGACCCUUGAUGUAGGCCUAUUAAUCUCCGACAUGUGAAUGUGAAAUUCAGCGCUUAUUUCUGCAGUGAGUGCUGUAAUAUCACCUAUUUUUUGAGACACGUACAGCGUUUAUUUUGAAACUGACACAUUAAACUCUCUAGCUGAUCUAACACAGCCUACUUUAUGUCCGAUCAUAAAGGUCAUAGCCUACGUACACAUUUUAACAAUGUCCACCACAAAAACAGGCAAUGUUUUACAAGGUUUCUUAGUUUUUAUCCUAUGUAGAGCCAAAUACCCCGAGAUGUCUUACGCAGAAAGAAAGCAUGUAAUUAAAUUAUAUAGGCUAACAUUUAAUAUAUAGUGUAUUAGUGUAUUAAUCAUAAAAUAUAUCAAUGCAAUGUAAUGCAUUCUUCACAAAAUUACAAUUACUAGUGUAAUCCAUUUGAGAAUGUGAUUUUCAUUUUUAAUUUUAAAAAUGGUAAUUUUAUGAUGUGUGAUCACAAGUGUGCGUGUAAUCCUUAUUUAAAUAACGAGGUGUUCAUGGAUAAUUUAUAACGAAGUGAUGAAUGGGAAUACUGGCAUCAGUAUUUGCAGUGUCGUAUGAUGUGAUUAAUAUGCAGCUGGACGUCAGUGUAUGUCUAGCGUCUUUCUGUGCACUGUAUUCAUGUAGAGAAACGUCAACUUCGUGCAUUCCCUGGCCGGGACUGUGAAUUAACAGAGCAUCUGAGAAAAGAUAAGAGAAAAAUGCCUCAUUGGGAAAGCUUACGUGUCUAUUUAGACAUUUGGAGAAAGCGUGCGUGGAAAAACUAGAAGGAUGGACACCGACGGGAAAAAACAUAAAUAAUAUACAAACGUACAAAGAACAGCACAUACAUUACCUGCGUGAUCUGACAUCACGGACCUCUAUUUCGUUUCUUAUGCGGAGAUUACUAAAAUGAAUGCAAGGGGGUGUGUGGUGGUUUCGGGGGGAUCUGCCAGUGUGGGCGUGAGAACAGUGCGACGUCGGAAUUAGUUUUAGCGGGGAUGCGAUGGAGGGUCAUCGGACAAAAUGCCAUUCUGGACAUAAUUACCGCUACGUCUCAGUGACGCUCCGCUACUGAAGUGUGUGCGCUUGCCUGUUGGAUUCAGUCCUAGUUAACAAGGAGAGUACGAUCGUCCUGUAUUACCGUCGGCUGGCUCAAAAUCCCGGUAGCACAUUAAUACUGAAAUUAUUCGCCCAGAUUUUUUGGAGUCUGCUCUCGUAAACCUCUGCAAGUACAUAUAUAGGUUGUCCAAGAGGCAGGUGUGUCGUUUUUGGAUCUCCCAAGGUAUCGGCGUUCGGAAACAGCCGUCCCCCUGACUCCAGGCAAUGGGCACCCUGCGGGACCUCCAGUUCGCCCUGCAGCUGAAAAUCGAGGAGCUGCGGCAGCGCGACACUCUCAUCGACGAGCUGGAGCUGGAGCUGGACGCCAAGGACGACCUAAUUCGGCGACUGCAGGGAGAGCUCGACCGCUAUCGGGCAAGCCUGACCCCCUCCGGGCCCUCCGCUCCCUCCACAGGACCACCUGUGGUUGCUGAUGAGCCCCAGCGCACCAAGAGACAGGCCAUAUCUGCUGAGCCCACUGCCCUGGACCCCAGCCAGCUGCCACAUGUGACCCUGACCAGCUACAGCAAGAGCAAAUCCUCCCAAGAGCUCAUCCAGGCCGCUUUACUCGAGAAUGACUUCAUGAAACACCUGGAGGUGGGCCAGAUACUGGCCAUAGUGGACUGCAUGCACCCCACCACCGUCACCCAAGGCUGCUGCGUCAUCAAGGAAGGAGAUGACGGCUCUCUCGUCUACGUGCUGGAGGAGGGGAAGGUGGAGGUGACUAAGGAGAACCAGAAGCUGUGCACCAUGGACCCGGGCCGGGUGUUCGGAGAGCUGGCCAUCUUGUACAACUGCACUCGCACGGCCACUGUCACAGCCUUGACUGAUAUCAAGUUGUGGGCCAUUAACCGGCAGUGUUUCCAGACCAUCAUGAUGCGGACGGGCCUGAUCCGCCACUCACAGUACAUGGAGUUCCUGCGCAGCGUGCCGUCGUUCCAGCCCCUGCCCGAGGACGUGCUUAGCAAGGUGGCCGACGUCCUGGAGGAGACCCACUACGCCGAUGGGGAUUACCUCAUCCGGCAGGGGGCCACCGGGGACACCUUCUUCAUCAUCAGCGAGGGCCAGGUUAAGGUCACGAAGGACAAAUCGGCCAAUGAGGAAACAGUCCUGCUGUCUACACUUUCCAGGGGGGAUUGGUUUGGAGAACAGGCUCUUAAAGGGGAGGACGUGAGGAUGGCAAAUGUCAUCGCGGUGGGAGAUGUGACAUGUCUGGUCAUAGACAGAGAGACCUUCAAACAGUUGAUAGGUGGCCUGGAGGAUGUCAGCAGGAAGGUUGACGAGACCGAUGAGGCCAAAGUCAAGCUGGAAGCGGAAGCUGUCUUCUUCUCCAGCCUGUCUCUCAGUGAUUUCCGGGUCAUCUGCACCCUGGGCAUAGGCGGGUUCAGCCGCGUGGAGCUGGUGCAGCUGAAGAACGACCCCGACCGCACUUUUGCGAUGAAGGUCCUGAAGAAGCGCCACAUCCUGGACACCAGCCAGCAGGGACACAUCCUGUCUGAGAGGCAGAUCAUGAUGGAGGCCCACAGCCCCUUCACCGUCAGGCUCUACCGCACCUUCAGGGACGCUAAGUACCUUUACAUGCUCUUAGAGGCCUGCCUAGGGGGAGAGCUCUGGACCCUGCUCAGAGACAGGGGCUCCUUCGAUGAAGGCACCACGCGCUUCUACACCGCCUGCAUGGCUGAGGCGCUGUACUUCCUGCACUGUCGGGGAAUCAUCUACCGCGACCUGAAGCCAGAGAACAUCAUCCUGGACCAGCGUGGAUACGCUAAGCUGGUAGACUUUGGCUUCUCCAAGAAAGUGGGCUUAGGGAAGAAGACGUGGACUUUCUGCGGAACCCCAGAGUAUGUCGCCCCCGAGAUCAUCCUGAACAAGGGCCACGACGUCUCUGCAGACUGCUGGUCCCUGGGCAUCCUCAUCUUCGAGCUGCUGAGCGGGAGCCCCCCAUUCUCGGGCUCAGACCCCAUGAAGACAUACAACAUCAUAUUGCGAGGGAUCGACAUGGUGGAGUUCCCCAAGAAGAUCACGAAGAGCGCGGCCAACCUCAUCAAGAGGCUGUGCAGAGACAACCCUUCAGAGAGACUCGGCAAUCAGAAAAAUGGAGUCAGAGACAUUCAGAAACACAAGUGGUUUGAAGGAUUCAACUGGGAAGGAAUUCGGAAAGGCACCUUGACCCCCCCGAUCAUUCCCGAUGUCAGCGGCCCCCUUGACACCAGCAAUUUCGACUGCUUCCCCAGUGACACGGAGGACCCCCCCCCUCCAGACGAGGAGUCAGGCUGGGAUGCCGAGUUUUAAGCAGAAUAGAUCCGACAUGCCUUGUUGAAGGUGGAAUGACGUCCAGCAGGGGGAGCCACCAGCAGCGUGUUGUGAAAGGGCUGUUUCCAUUAAGCCGGUAUUUCUGGACUGAAGACAGACUUUAAGAAAACAAUGCAGUGUUUAUAAGACAGUAGAAUGGACUGGGAAUUUUUUAGUCUGUAAAUCAGUCAGGAUUUUGUAAUGUAAGCAUUGAAGGUUAUAGUAAACAUUUGUGAUAUUAAAAAGUAAAUCUCUAUAAUAUUUAAUGAUCAGAGUUAUAUUGUGUGUCCUGGAUAUUACAAAUGAUAACUGUGACUGUGUUUAUCACUAAUUUGGCCUAGAACAGCAAAAUAUAUGAUAACCACUGCAUUGACUUAAUGCCUUUUCAUAAUAGUAUCAAAAUAUUUUAUUUGCAGAAUAAUAAUUUUAUAACACUACAGUACUUUAAUAAACAGAAUUCAUUUGCA